AUGUCCUUUUCAACUACAAUCUGGGAUUAUCCCUCUCCCUCCUCGACCACGCCCCCAGUCACCUCAGCGUGUACUUCCUCCACCUCAGUGGCAUCACCCUCAGCUUCGCCGCCAGACACAACGUUCCAAGUUCAGUCUCAACCUCUAUCUUCGGAAUCGACACCAAAGGUCUCGACCCCUCCUGGGACGGUUGACCCGGCAGACAUUACGACGACUCCUGCUCCGACAAGCAAGAAGAAGAAGAAGAAGGCGUUGAUGCCGGUUAACCACGGCCCGCUUCGGGAAGAAGACGACUGGACCAAGGUCAAGGACCCCAAGGAGAAGAAGAGAAUACAGAACCGGGUUGCACAAAGGACAUACCGCCACCGCAUGAAAGCACGCCUGGGCGAGCUGCAAGCCCGACUGGAUAGCCACGAACGGAGUCAGACCCAGCAGACAACACCAGACAACGGUGACUCCCCUACCACCACUGAACUCGUUCGAGGCUUUACAGCCAUCAAUCAGAUGUCUGGCAUCGAAUCUCCAUCAUCCCCCAACGCUCAGGAUAAGGCCACCAUGAUUCAAGUGCCUACAAUGCAGCAGCCUGCCAUGUUUGAGCAGCCUAGCGAUGGAACUGAGCUCAUGUUCUCACAGAUGCCUCGCAACACUCUUGGCAGCCCGCAGCACACACAGUCGUCUCCCGAAGCCCACGGUCUGCUGUCUCCACCAGGUCAUACCCUUGGUGAUCGGGGUUCCAAAGUUCCCCAGGACUUCGUACUCGACUGCUUGCGUUUCCAGACGCACUUGCUAAAUCGCCUCAACAGUCUGCAGCAAGAAACCAGCUUCAACCCCUCCUACACACCCAGCAAUGGGGUAGCACCACAAGGUCCAGACGGCGUGACCCAGGCUGAGCAAGUGUCCUGCGCUGACGCAUUCUCUCCCACUCACGUGGAAUCUAUGGAGUUCUCAUUUGAUUCCAGCAUGGAUCCGUGGAAGAAUGACAGCAUGUCCAAAACACGGUCCACGCAUACAGCUACCAGUUCCAUUUCCUUCCCAGGACUUACUGCUGCUACAACCCCCAGCGCAGUUCUGGGCAGCCCCAUCAUGACGGACUCAAGCCAGAACCUGCGGCCUGCAUCUCAGCCAAGCACUCAGCACACCUCUCUGGGCGACAGCAUUGAGAGCAUCCUGGAGAAUGUCCAGGCAGCUGGUUUUGACAGCUUCGACGCCCUUGUCUCGGCCUACUACUGCGAUACUUUUGCUGAGGCGUCUCCCCUAGCCAAUGAGCAGCGUCUGAGUCGCAACAGGCGGCUUCCCAAGGUCAUUGACGACGUGUUCCGAGCUACCAAGGGAUGGAGCUCGUGGGAGCGCCGUGGCUUUCAGGAGGAGAUUCUCAAAACCGCCGAGUCUAUGCUCACAUCAGAAGGCGCUGGCGCACGAUCUUCCUUGAUGGCCAAAAUUACACCUCUGCUUGAGUCGCACGACCCAUCCAAUCCGGCGGCCACAACAGAAGCACUUGUCAACCUAAAGCGAUCCAUUCAAAACGAGCUGCCCAACUCGUGGGCCCUGACAAUGGCUCUCGCUGCUGAUUCCCGGAACUCAUGGCAGAGAGACCGUUCGAAUACGGCACUGGCGACGACUCUUCUCGUCAACUUUGCAGGCCGGAUACCCAACGAUCAGCUGCUGCAGAUUCUCGGUGCAUGUCUCUGA